CUUAGAGCCCGCAAGGAGGGGUGGAAAUGGCGUCGGAAAUAAACCAGGAAGUUCCCUUCCAGAUCGUGAAACUGUCAGUCUAGUUUUUGAAAAAAGAAAAGAAAAGUCUACUCUAUAGCUGCCGGUAGAGUGAUCAGGUUGUUUCCCACGGACGCAUUUUAUUGUAGCACCUUCCAAUGGCGGCGCCCAUGCAAUGAGAAAGGAGGGCUGAGAAUCUGUGCUUUAACCUGAGAACAGGUUUUUCUGCGGAUCGAGGACAGCCUGCGAGAUUUUAGCUGUCAGAACUGAAAGCCUGUGAUUUCUCCGGCCAUGUUUGCCAAAGCUUUCAGGGUAAAGUCCAACACUGCUAUAAAAGGAUCUGAUAGGAGGAAGCUGCGAGCUGAUGUUGCAGCCACCUUUCCUAUGCUCUCUACUGAGCAGCUUUCUGAGAUUGUGCUGAAUAAAGAGGAGCUGAAUGUUAUCACAUUGUACACUCACAAAGGAGAGGCCCUCACAGUUUAUACAAACAGCAGAAAUCCAGUCCUGUUUGAAAUUGAGAGAAGACUGUAUCCAACAGUGUACACCCUGUGGACUCAUCCUGACCUUCUGCCUGCCUUCACAACUUGGCCUCCUGUGUUGCAUAAACUAGCAGGAGGAGCAGAUCUAAUGCUUCCUGGAGUUGUAGUGCCCUCUUCUGGUCUUCCCCAGGUAGACCGGGGCACAUUGUGUGCUAUUACCUUGGUGGGGAACAGAGCCCCAGUGGCUAUUGGAAUAGCUACUAUGUCCACUAUGGAGAUGCUGGCUGCUGGAAUGAAAGGGAAAGGCUUCACGGUCCUGCAUACUUACAUGGAUCAAUUAUGGAGCCUUGGUGACAAGACAUGUCCACCCACAAUAGCCUUUCUGGAGGCAGAACCUGUAACUGAAGAGGAGGAACAGGGUGAUAAAAGAGAGGAAAACAAAGUGCCCGAAAACAGGCCCAUUGACCCAUCCUUGCAAACUGACAUUGGGAAUGUGAACCUCAAUGAAACUAUUGAGAGUGCUGAUGUAGGAGAAAAUGAGGAACCUAGAGAGAAUGGAGCUGCUGAGACUAUUGAAGAAGACAACUUGGAUACUCUCCAGGGACUGGAAGACAGUAGGAGUCCUCAAGAACAAAUGGAUGCUUUACUUCAUCAGUGCUUCUUUCAUGCCUUAAAAUGUAAAGUGAAGAAGUCAGAGCUCCCUCUGCUGACCAGCACCUUUCUGCGUAAUUACAUGUUCUCAUGCUGCCCUAAAGGUCAACAAAUAGACAUAAAGAAAUCCAGCUACAAGAAGUUCUCCAAAUUCCUACAGUCAAUGCAGCAACAGAAGAUCCUUCAGGUAAAGGAACUGAGUAAGGGAGUGGAGAGCAUUGUGGAUGUGGACUGGAGACAUGACAGCAUUAGAUCUUUCAACCGAAAUAAGCACCAUCUGAAAAUACCACUCUCUGUUGGUAUCCGGUACCCCUUGUUCCAGGAGUCUGGAUAUAAGAAAAGCAACACCCUCUCCAAUAGUGAAGUGAGAAGUGCGAUUAUCAGCUAUGUGAAGACCAAUGAACUAGUUGAUGAAACAAACAAAAACUUUGUGAAGGUGAAUCCUGUCUUGUGUGACUGCCUGUUGAACAAAUCGGAGCAAAAUGAAAUCUCAAAGCUUAAGUGGGAUGACCUUGUGAGCAGGUGUCUGGACCAACUGCAGCCCUUCUAUCAGGUGACCUUUGCAGGGCAUGAACCUGUUGUGAGGAAAGGAAAUAUUGAUCCCAUUGAUAUAACAAUAGCACAGCGAUCAUCAAAUAAAAAGGUAACAAUGAUUAAAAAUCUGGAGCUUUAUGGUUUAGAUCCACAGUCUAUUGCCAGUAUUCUUCAGCAAAGGGUCCAGGCCAGUGCCACAGUCACCACACUCCCAGGAGCCAAGGACAGAGUCCAGGUCCAGAUACAAGGCAAUCAGAUCAACCAUCUUGCAAAACUAUUGUUGGAGGACUACAAGAUACAACGCAAGUACAUCCAGGGACUUGAGAAGGCACCAAAGAUUGGUCGAAAGAAGUAGCCAAGACUGAAGAGUAGAGCACUGUUAUUUAUAAAUUAUUUUAUUCAACAGAGAUAAGUAAUCCAACCUGUUUAGCUAUAAAAGUAAUGUUUUAUUUAAAGAAUAAACGUUUUUUUUAGAUA